GGAGACACCCAACUUCUAGUGAAAGGUGAACUUUCCAAGGGCGACACCCGUCCCCCAGCCUAUAAAAGGUCAGCCCCCCAGCUCACCGGACGGCCUCCCCGCCCCAGGGACACCAUGGCACUCUCGGUGUCUGGCUCGGCGCUGUCCCGGCGCCUGUCUGCCCAGAGUGGGAUGGCGGGCCGAGCCCAGGGCCUGUCCGCUUCCAGCCUCGCGGGUGGCCUUGGGGGUAGCGGCUUUGGCCUUGGAGCUGGUUGUGCUGGGGGCGUUUCUGCUGCUUCCAUGUUUGGUUCCAGCUCCGGCUUCGGUGGUGGCUCUGGGUGCUCGCUGGCAGGGGGCCUGGGCACUGGUCACGGGGGACUCUUGGGAAGCUGCUUCGGAGGGCUGGGAAUGGCGUUCGGGGGUGGCCCAGGAGGUGGCUCUGCAGGUAUCCUCUGCAGCAGUGACGGGGGCCUGGUUUCUGGGUCAGAAAAAGCCACCAUGCAAAAUCUGAAUGACAGACUAGCAUGCUACCUGGACAAGGUUCAUGCUCUGGAGGACGCGAACACCGAGCUGGAACAGAAAAUCCGAGACUGGUACGAAAGACGGGCGACCGGGGACCCUGCGUCCCGGAGUGACUACAGUAAAUACUACCCACUGAUCGAAGACCUCAGGAACAAGAUCAUUGCUGCCAGCAUCGGAAACGCCCAGCUCAUCCUGCAGAUCGACAAUGCCAGGCUGGCCGCUGAGGACUUCCGGAUGAAGUACGAGAAUGAGCUGGCCCUGCGCCUGAGCGUGGAGGCCGACAUCAGCGGGCUGCGCAGGGUGCUGGACGAGCUGACCCUGGCGAGGGCCGACAUGGAGAUGCAGAUCGAGGGCCUGCAGGAGGAGCUGGCCUACCUGAAGAAGAACCAUGAGGAGGAGCUCCAGAGCUUCCGCGCCGACGGCCCUGGCGAGGUCAGCGUGGAAAUGGACGCGGCGCCGGGCGUGGACCUCACCAGGCUCCUCAACGCCAUGAGGGCGCAGUAUGAAGCUGUCGCAGAGCAGAACCGCAAGGACGCGGAGGCCUGGUUCCUGGAAAAGAGCGGGGAGCUCCGGAAGGAGAUCAGCACCAACACCGAGCAGCUGCAGUCGGGCCGGAGCGAGGUCACCGACCUGCGGCGCGCGCUGCAGAGCCUGGAGAUCGAGCUGCAGUCCCAGCUCGCCGUGAAGAAAUCCCUGGAGGAGUCGCUGGCGGAGACGGAGCGCGACUACUGCGGCCAGCUGUCCCAGGUGCAGCAGCUCGUGGGCCACCUGGAGGCGCAGCUGCAGCAGGUGCGCGCCGACGCCGAGCGCCAGGGCGGGGAGCACCAGCGGCUGCUGGACGCCAAGGCCCGGCUGGAGCUGGAGAUCGACACCUACCGCCGCCUGCUGGACGGGGAGGCCGCGGGUGACGGCUUGAUCGAGACCUUACCUGGAACAGACUCCAAAUCCCGAACCCCGUCAACGGAUUCGUCUAAAGACCCGAGUAAAACCCGAAGAAUCAAGACAAUCGUGCAGGAGGAGAUCAACGGGCAGGUGGUCUCCUCCCAAGUUCAGGAAGUUGAAGAACUGAUGUGAAACUUUCUCCAGAUCUGCCCCGUGAUUUGCUCCUUAGGAGUGAGAAAUUUCCAAGUAGGAAUGGGUCCUUUCUGAGUAACACGCUGCAGUCAUUCAGUCUCUGCUUUGGCCUGUUGAUUUUCUCUGGAUUCUCCUCCCCCUUGAGCACUCUUUGUCCUCUGAUGCAGUGUCCAGUUACAAGUCCCAGUGACCAUGUCGCUCGCCAUAACAAAGCAAAUCACUUUCUGUCUUCCUGGGCCCUGGCGUAGCUGUCUACUGAACUUCCUUCUGGUGACUUGGGCUUUUUUUUUUUUAAUUACAGAGCUUUGAUGAAGUAGUACUAAUAGAGCUGAUUUUAA